AUGGCCAGAGAGGUGAAAACACGUGUAUCAGACUCCAGUGUAUCAGACUCCAGUAUAUCAGACUCCAGUGUAUCAGACUCCAGUGUAUCAGACUCCAGUGUAUCAGACUCCAGUGUAUCAGACGCCAGUGUAUCAGACUCCAGUGUAUCAGACUCCAGUGUAUCACAUUCCAGUGUAUCAGACGCCAGUGUAUCAGACUCCAGUGUAUCAGACUCCAGUGUAUCAGACUCCAGUAUAUCAGACUCCAGUGUAUCAGACUCCAGUGUAUCAGACUCCAGUGUACCAGACUCCAGUGUAUCAGACUCCAGUGUAUCAGACUCCAACUCCAGUGUAUCAGACUCCAGUGUAUCAGACUCCAGUAUAUCAGACUCCAGUAUUUCAGACUCCAGUAUAUCAGACUCCAGUGUAUCAGACUCCAGUGUAUCAGACUCCAGUGUAUCAGACUCCAGUGUAUCAGACGCCAGUGUAUCAGACGCCAGUGUAUCAGACUCCAGUGUAUCAGACUCCAGUGUAUCAGACUCCAGUAUAUCAGACUCCAGUGUAUCAGACUCCAGUGUAUCAGACUCCAGUGUACCAGACUCCAGUGUAUCAGACUCCAGUGUACCAGACUCCAGUGUAUCAGACUCCAGUGUAUCAGACUCCAGUGUAUCAGACUCCAGUAUAUCAGACUCCAGUGUAUCAGACUCCAGUGUAUCAGACUCCAGUGUACCAGACUCCAGUGUAUCAGACUCCAGUGUACCAGACUCCAGUGUAUCAGACUCCAGUGUAUCAGACUCCAGUGUAUCAGACUCCAGUGUAUCAGACUCCAGUGUAUCAGACUCCAGUGUAUCAGACUCCAGUAUAUCAGACUCCAGUGUAUCAGACUCCAGUAUAUCAGACUCCAGUGUAUCAGACUCCAGUGUAUCAGACUCCAGUGUAUCAGACUCCAGUGUAUCAGACUCCAGUGUAUCAGACUCCAGUGUAUCAGACUCCAGUGUAUCAGACUCCAGUAUAUCAGACUCCAGUGUAUCAGACUCCAGUGUAUCAGACUCCAGUGUAUCAGACUCCAGUGUAUCAGACUCCAGUGUAUCAGACUCCAGUAUAUCAGACUCCAGUGUACCAGGCACAAGUGUACCAGACUCCAGUGUACCAGGCACAAGUGUACCAGACUCCAGUGUACCAGGCACAAGUGUACCAGACUCCAGUGUACCAGGCACAAUUGUACCAGGCACAAGUGUACCAGACUCCAGUGUACCAGGCACAAGUGUAUCAGACGCCAAUGUACCAGGCACAAGUGUACCAGACUCCAGUGUACCAGGCACAAGUGUACCAGACUCCAGUGUACCAGGCACAAGUGUACCAGACUCCAGUGUACCAGGCACAAGUGUACCAGACUCCAGUGUACCAGGCACAAGUGUACCAGACUCCAGUGUACCAGGCACAAGUGUACCAGACUCCAGUGUACCAGGCACAAGUGUACCAGACUCCAGUGUACCAGGCACAAGUGUAUCAGACGCCAGUGUACCAGGCACAAGUGUACCAGACUCCAGUGUACCAGGCACAAGUGUACCAGACUCCAGUGUACCAGGCACAAGUGUACCAGACUCCAGUGUACCAGGCACAAGUGUACCAGACUCCAGUGUACCAGGCACAAGUGUACCAGACUCCAGUGUACCAGGCACAAGUGUAUCAGACUCCAGUGUACCAGGCACAAGUGUACCAGACUCCAGUGUACCAGGCACAAGUGUACCAGACUCCAGUGUACCAGGCACAAGUGUACCAGACUCCAGUGUACCAGGCACAAGUGUACCAGACUCCAGUGUACCAGGCACAAGUGUACCAGACUCCAGUGUACCAGGCACAAGUGUAUCAGACUCCAGUGUACCAGGCACAAGUGUACCAGGCACAAGUGUACCAGACUCCAGUGUACCAGGCACAAGUGUACCAGACUCCAGUGUACCAGGCACAAGUGUACCAGACUCCAGUGUACCAGGCACAAGUGUACCAGGCACAAGUGUACCAGGCACAAGUGUACCAGACCCUGAAGUGUUAUGUAUGAUGUGGCCACACCCUGGGUAG